AAAAAAAAAUCCAAGGGCAACCCCGCCCUCAAAACCCUUCAAUUUCCACCCAAACCCGCUCCGCCCGCCGCGGUGACGUCACGCGUUCAGCCGCUCAGUGCGACGUGUCCCUCGGCCGGCGGCAAUCAUGGAUCAGGUAAUGCAAUUUGUGGAACCCAGCCGUCAGUUUGUAAAAGAUUCCAUACGACUUGUUAAGAGAUGCACCAAGCCUGACAGGAAAGAGUUCCAGAAGAUUGCCAUGGCAACAGCAAUAGGCUUUGCGAUAAUGGGAUUUAUUGGUUUCUUUGUCAAAUUGAUCCAUAUCCCAAUCAACAAUAUAAUUGUAGGUGGCUGAAUAUUCAUCAUGAAGAAGACAGUUGUGACACCUGCUGCAAUGAUUUCACAGCUUUAAUUUGUUUGAUAUUAAACAAGCUCAGUUUGCGUUUUCAAA